AUGUCAAAGACUUCUGUUCUUCGUGUUCAAUCAUCUGAAGGUACAAAACGUUUAGAUUUUAAUUCUCAAGAUACAUAUAAAACUCUAUAUCAAAAAGUUGCACAAAUAUUUUCAUUACCAUCAACUGAUGAUUUUACAUUAUAUAAAGAAAAAAAUAAACAUUUACCAUUAGGACGAACACAAAAUCGAACAAAUUUAAAACAUGGUGAUAUGAUUUAUUUAGUUGCUGAACGUGAGAAUUUAUUUCCAACAGAUUCUAAUUCAUCAUCAUCAUAUGGUACACUUGAUGUUAAAUCUGAUACACCAACAAAUGGAACUGGUUAUGCAUCACCUAAAGUUGGCUCAUUUCAAACAAAUAAUAUGGGAAAAUUAAAUACAAUUAAUAAUACAGAUAUUAAAGAAGAUGAAGUUGAUAUACAAUUAGAUAAAAUGGAUGGACGAAUACCAAGAAAACGUGAUCCACAAUUAUGUCAUCAUAAUGUACAUGGAAAAUGUUUACAUUGUAUACCUAUUGAACCAUAUGAUGAAGAAUUUUUAAAAAAUCGUAAUCCACCUAUUAAACAUAUGUCAUUUAGAGCUUAUAUUAGAAAAUUACAAAGUUCAACAGCGAGUGAUAGUGUACAAUCAGAUUCACUUCCAAGUGUUUCAUGCACUGAUGAAAUAGCUCUUAAACGACAUCUUAAUUUAUGGUCUGGAGUCUGUUUUAUUGCUGGUAUUACUAUUGGUUCAGGUAGAUUUGUUUCGCCUGAAGGCGUUUUAAAAUAUACUGAAUCAGUUGGUUUAUGUUUAAUAAUUUGGGUAGUAAGUGGAAUUGUUGCUCUACUUGGUGCACUUUGUUUUGCAGAAAUUGGUGCAGUAAUACCAGGAAGUGGAGCAGAACUUGCUUAUAUGAAAGAAGGUAUCGGUUCAAUUCAUGAACGAACUGGUGAUAUAUUCGCAUAUCUAUUCAAUUGGACAAAUACACUCAUUCUCAAACCAGCAAGUGCAGCUGUUCUUGUAAUGUCUUUUGCUGAAUACUUUUUAUCUGGUAUUAUGGAUGCUUGUGGUCCACCAGAAACACUUGUUAAAAUCACAUCUGUCUUUACACUUCGCCUAUGGGCAUAUGAUGGAUGGAAUAGUUUAAAUUCAGUGACUGAAGAAUUAAAAAAUCGAAAAAGAAAUUUAUGGUUAUCUAUAGUAUUAGCAUUACCAUAUGUUAUAAUUCUUUAUCUUCUUAUAAAUAUUUCAUAUUUUACUGUAAUGGAUAAAGUAACAUUACUUAAUUCAAAUGCUGUUGCUGUUACAUGGGAUCAGGUUGCAAUAGGUCCCGUUGUGCGUGCUUUACCAAUUUUAAUAUCAAUCAGUGCAUUAGGUGGGUGCUAA